AUAAUAGUUUUGUUCGAGGGAGGUCGAUCACCAUCAACAAACUCAUCGGUCAAGAGGUUAUGCAAGUUUUAGAAACAAAGGUGCAAGACAGUGAGAAAUGAAAGGUGUAUGAUCGCGUCAAGUGACCUUUUCUUAUGUUGAUCAUGCGGGCCUGGUGUUCUUUCAGGUAUGGUUGGAUUGGAUCCAUGAGUGCAUUUCUACGGUAGGUUUUUCGGUGCUCUUUGCUAUUUACACUAAGGUCUUUUCGAAAAAUAUUUGCUUUGAAAUUAUUGAUGCUUCCUUACAUGACUUAUGUGUUCACAACAUGCACCUAUUACGUCUCAUUGCCUUUUGAAGAUGAUACAUAUCUGUUUCUUCAAGCUUCUAUGCCAGAAUGUUCUCAUUCAUUAUAUAUUUUCGAGGGAUAAGAGCGGGUUAGCGAGCAAAAGGUUAAUUUGAGGAAAUCAUAUAUUUGUGUUAGUUCUAACGUGAGUGCAUAGAGAAUUGGAGCUUCGGUGCUUGAGUUUGAUCCUGGAAGGUGAAAGCGAUGUCACCUAUCCCAGCUUUGGUGGGCAGAUCAGGACAAAGAAGAUGAUAUGCAUUGGCUAUCAUGGCUAGAUUAUAGCAAAUUCGAAGGUGGUCUCGGGUUUCAUGACUUUGAUAUUUCAAUGUCGCCUUGUUGUCCAAACAAGCAUGAUGGGUACUUUAACACUCAGCCCCUAUAUUUUGACAUAAGUAUCGUGCUUGCUAACAUCAUUCCACAAUGUUCUUAACGGCGAGAGCUAGAGCUCGUCCCUCUUGGAAACACGAUUAUGGUGGUUGGGAUUGGGUUUGCUAGCUUUUCGGCGGAUGGACUCUUUGCCUUUGGCAAGGCUUAUGCAGGUAUCACUAAUCCUUUUAUUAUGGAAAUUUUAGCCUAACGAGAUGGUUGCUUGGUGCCUUACUCAUGGUUUCUUGAUUAGUAACUUUUUGUGGCGACUGCAACUUUGGUGUCGGGGGUCUGAGACAUGGAUGCAACACAUGGGGCGGGCGGAGCUCUAAAAUAGGAAACUCAUAUGGGCAUUCUGAAGUUUUCUUCUUUCGCUACAUAUACUCCAUACUGUACAAUAGGGGUGCCCAUUUAGUGACCGUUAUGACUGUUUGCAAUUCGAUUAUUUGCCGACUGCUGCGUUUGGUUGCUUAUUGUACUUUAACUAUCUAUCAUUGAAUUCUAUCUAUGGUGAAAUAUGUUUUUAUCAUGUAUCAUCUUAUUUACCAGUUGUACAAUUAAAUUUUUUUUUAGCUUAAUAGCACACAAAAAAGCUCUGUAAACUAAAUGGUUGUAGUGUCCCAUCGAAAAUAUGUGAACUCAAUAACAACAUAUUGAUUUAAUAGAAAUAGGAUAGCCAAAACUUUCGCGUUUGUGCCAGUAAAAGUCAGAUUUGGAGAAAUACUACUUAUAGCCACUUCCGUCCAAUUCUUUAAUGGUGUCAACUAACAUGCUGAUUGGACUAACAGAAAGGCUGAUGUGGUGAUAUAGGUGCAAUUAACCAAAAAAAUAAAUAAUAAAAAUAAAAUUUCAAUUUCUUUAAACAAAAAUAGUCAAAACAAAUUCUCUCCUUCCAUGUGCCUCUGCAAGAAAUCGAGAUCCACCAUUAAUGGCGGACCAAAGCAAACAAGAAAAAAGAUGAAGAAGAAAAUGGACCAAAAAGACGCAAAGUACACUCGUUGAUCAAAACCCCCAAACCUUACUAUUAGCCCCCUGCAAAAAAACCAUCAUUCUCCAUAGCUAGCAAUGGGCUUGAAGUACCACAGUUCGAGACCCACUUACAUUUCAUCUUCAUCAUCAUCUCCUCACCACAUUCCAAUUCCCAUGAAAUCCUCCAAAUUCCUCACCGGGGCAGUCAUUCUCUUCACUACUCUCUUCCUCUUCCCACUAACCCAAUUCCACACACCCUCUUCCUCCUAUUACCUCCCCUCCCCUCCCCUCCCCCACCCAACCCUUCUCCGGCGACCUCCGCGACGCAAACUUCCCAUUGAACAAGCUUCUUACCUGAAACCCCGUAGACCCGGACAUCGCCGCCAUCAGUCAUCACCGCCACACCGUCGUCGUUCCUCUCCAACGUCGCGAAAGCUCCAGAUCGUCGAGGCCACCAGCCGUUGCUCGCUGUCCCUAGCCAUCGUUGGGGCAGAAGAAAGGAGAAGAAGGAAGUCCAAUCGUCGUCCCCAGCUGUCGUCACUCCAGAUCGAGCUUCCCCACCAGAUCUGCAAGAAAUCAACUAGCGGCGGCAAGCGACGCCAUCUCCCCUCGCCGCGGUGCCCCAGUUCUAGUUGCCUCCCUUCAAUGUACUCCUCUGUCACUCUUCCCCUUGUAGUCGCUUCUCCUUCUCCUUCGAUCGAAACUAGUGACAGACUAGCGGAGGGUGAAAUCGAUGUCGAGAAUAAUGGCAACCUUUUGGCGGCCGAUCUUCAACGACAUGCAUCGCCUCUCGUAGUCGACCCCAAUUGACUUCCAUCCUACCAUCAGCGCAACAACGACCACUGCAGCGGCGGAGUCGGAAAGGGGAAAAUGAUUCGUGGGGAAGAUGGUUCGCGCGAAGCAGAUGGCUAUAUGAGUUUAAAUAAAAAUUUAUUUAUUUAUUUAUGAUGUAUAAAUAUUAAAUAAUAGGAAUAUUUGACGUGUCACUAUUUGAUUAUUUAGCGCUGAUGUGUCUGCUGAGUUGGCUUCUAGUCAGCGAACCGUCAAAUAAGUUAACGGUGUUAAUAACACAGUUAAAGUAUUAGACGGAAAUGGCUAUAUUUGUCUUACAACAACUUUAAAAGCUGGCUAUAAGUGCUAUUUGUCCAAAUCUGGCUAUUAUUGGCGCAAACCAUGGUAAAGGAAACCGUACCGGACAUCAUACUGGAUUUCUUUAUGGUAUGGUAUUUUGUGGUACGACCGUGGUUCAACCGUUUUGUACCGGUAAAUACCGUUUUUCACUAUUGAUAGAGAAAUGAAAUGCGAUAGUAUAAAAAAUAUAAUCCAUCAAAAAAAGAACCAAAUAGAGCAUUAUACAACCACGAUGACCCAUUUUCAACAUAGAAAAAUAGCAAAAUAAUAUUCUUUUUUAAUUAUUUUCCACAUAUUGGACGAGAAUACGUAGAAAUGAAGCUGAAUCAUAGACCAGGAAACCGGAUCGUACUGGCCGGUUCAACCGGUCAAACCGAAAAAACCAGCCGGCACGGUAAAAUCAGCACAAGCAGCCCACUGUACCGUUUUUUGUCCAAUUUCCGGUUGAACCGGCCGGUACGAUCUGGUUUCCUGGUCUAUGGCGCAAACACGAAAGUUUUGGCUAUACAAGUGUAUUAUGCCAUAGAAAUAUCACUCCAGCAAUGUUAUAUUCAAAAAAUUUAUAUCAUGGUUGUCACACCGGCCAACAUGCCACCGGUUGAACCAGGUUCAACCGGUGCUAGUCAUGAAACCGACAUGACACCACCGGUAUGACCAGCAUGAUUGAUUUACAAAGUUUUAAGUAAAAUGACGUCAUUUAUUGAAUUGAAAUAUGAGUACAUGUAAUUUUAUUUGAAAUAUCAAAUUUAAUUUAAAUAUCAAUAUGAAUUGUACUUAAAUUGUCUUCAAAUAAGGCUUAUAUAUGAUUAAAUUCAUUUGAUAUUAAUAAUUUUUGACAUCUCUAAAUAUUUGAUUAACAAGUAUGAACCAACACAAAUUAGUUAUACUACUGAUAGAAUCAUUUCACUUGCUAAACCGCACAAUAGUAUAAAUCGGUUUGAGCUUUUUAUUCAUUCAUACAAAAAACUUAGAGGGGGAAAUUGCAGUUACCAUGGAGUGUACUUGAGACCCAAAAAAGGUUGAGGUGAUAGGCGAAAGAAGUGGUGAUGGCCCAAUCACACUCCGUGAGGAUGAAGCCUUUGAUUAGGGAGGAGCCAGCCAGCCAGCCAGCCAUUACUUGGGACCCACACUACCUACUUGAAAUGACAAAACAGCCCUCUGACUUUAAGUCUAAAUUACGCACAAAAACCUAGUUCCUUGUCCAAAGCCACUUCCUUCUUGUUGGGUGCUUGCUUCCCCAAUCGUAAACAAAAGCUAAAGUGGGUAAACAUUAUAAAGAGAUGCUCAUUAGUCAUCACCACACCAAUUCUUGCCCAUUUUGAUUGAAAGAAGGGGAGUUGGUUUACAACUACAAAGUUUGUACCCCAAAGGUUAUUAUAUCGUUUGGUGGGGCUUUUUGUCUUUUUUACAUUUGCAUAUUAUUAAGGUUGUCUCUAACUUUGUUAGAAUGUGUGUAUUAUACAAAAUGAUCAUAAGGAGAUUGAAGAUGUGUGGAGCUAAGUGAUUUGUUGAAAGUGUGAGAUGUAAAAAAUGCAUAGGUAGAGGAGCGAUUAUUAUAGAUAUAAAGUACUAAUGGUAAA